AUGGCUUCUGCGGUAUAUUUUUGCGACCAUGAUGGGAAGCCGCUUUUAUCAAGAAGGUAUAGAGACGACAUACCACUUUCAGCAAUCGACAAAUUCCCCACGUUACUGUCGGAUUUAGAGGAGCAAACCAAUCUGAUUCCUCCAUGUUUAAACCAUAAUGGUCUUGAAUACCUAUUCAUUCAACAUAAUGAUCUAUACUUAGUGGCAAUCGCCACUUCGCUUGGCGCUAAUGCGGCUGCCAUUUUUACUUUUCUGCACAAGUUAGUGGAGAUAUUGAGUGAUUAUUUGAAAACCGUGGAAGAAGAAUCCAUAAGAGAUAAUUUCGUUAUAAUAUACGAGUUGCUGGACGAAGUGAUGGACUACGGCAUACCACAAAUCACGGAAACCAAAAUGCUAAAGCAGUACAUUACACAAAAAUCAUUUAAAUUGGUGAAAUCAGCUAAGAAGAAAAGAAAUGCUACGAGACCGCCAGUCGCAUUAACAAAUUCAGUUAGUUGGAGACCAGAAGGAAUCUCUCAUAAGAAAAAUGAAGCUUUUCUGGACAUCGUGGAAUCUAUUAAUAUGCUAAUGACCCAAAAGGGCCAAGUUUUAAGAUCCGAGAUUAUCGGUGAUGUUAAAGUUAAUUCAAAACUGUCUGGUAUGCCCGAUUUGAAAUUAGGUAUCAACGAUAAGGGGAUAUUUUCCAAAUAUUUGGACGACAGUUCCGAUCUUCCACCUGCAGCAAGUGCGGCAACAUCCGAUAACAAAAAGGAAGAUACAGAUAAAAAACCAUCAAUAACGUCAUCAUCAACCACAAGUAAGAGAAAGGUUAAUAUUGAACUAGAAGAUUUGAAAUUCCAUCAGUGUGUUAGACUAAGUAAAUUCGAAAAUGAAAAAAUUAUAACGUUUAUACCACCAGAUGGUAAGUUCGAUUUGAUGAACUACAGGCUAUCCACUUCGAUAAAACCGUUAAUUUGGUGCGAUGUAAACGUGCAAGUUCAUUCAAAUUCUAGAAUUGAAAUUCACUGUAAAGCAAAGGCUCAAAUCAAAAGAAAAUCCACUGCAACAAAUGUUGAAAUUUUAAUUCCCGUUCCAGACGAUGCGGAUACACCAACGUUCAAAUACUCUCACGGUUCUUUAAAGUAUGUCCCUGAAAAAAGUGCAAUCUUAUGGAAACUAAGAAGCUUCCCAGGGGGGAAAGAGUAUUCAAUGUCUGCAGAACUAGGAUUGCCUUCGAUUUCAAAUGGUAACGAUGGAAAUAGAACUAUACCAAAAAAUAAUGCGGAAAUUUUGAAGGGUCCCGUUCAAAUAAAGUUCCAAAUACCUUAUUUUACCACUUCGGGUAUCCAAGUACGUUACUUAAAGAUUAAUGAACCAAAAUUACAAUACAAAAGUUACCCAUGGGUAAGAUACAUCACUCAAAGUGGUGAUGAUUAUACGAUAAGGCUAACAUAA